CACUCCUCGCCCCUCCCCCUAGGGCGGCGGAACGGCUAUUACGCAUUAAGCAGGCGCCGCGGAGAGAGAAAUCUCACGGCGCCUGCGCGAAGGGGCACGCAUGCGCAAAAGGACGAGCCCGCUGACAGAUUCGCGGCGGCGGCGGCGGCGGCGGCAGCGGUGGCCCUGGCCCUGGACCGCGGGGAAUGGGAGUCCUAGGUCUCUGAGCGCCGCCCCCGCCUCCCUGCCCCCGACAUGGCUCAGGAGAAGAUGGAGCUAGACCUGGAGUUGCCUCCGGGUACUGGCGGGAGCCCGGCGGAGGGCGGCGGCAGUGGCGCCGGCGGGGGCCUCAGGAGGUCUAACAGCGCCCCCCUGAUCCACGGCCUCAGUGACACUUCACCGGUGUUCCAGGCCGAGGCGCCGAGCGCCAGGCGGAACAGCACAACGUUCCCGAACCGCCACGGCCUGCUGCUGCCGGCCUCCCCCGUCCGCAUGCACAGCAGCCGCUUGCACCAGAUCAAACAGGAGGAGGGCAUGGACUUGAUCAACCGAGAGACCGUCCACGAGCGCGAGGUGCAGAACGCAAUGCAGAUAAGCCACUCCUGGGAGGAAAGUUUCAGCCUGAGUGACAACGAUGUGGAGAAGUCCGCCUCCCCGAAGCGCAUCGAUUUCAUUCCGGUGUCACCAGCACCGUCACCCACCCGGGGGAUUGGGAAGCAGUGUUUUUCACCAUCCUUGCAAAGUUUUGUGAGUAGCAAUGGAUUGCCUCCAAGUCCUAUUCCCAGCCCAACGACUCGAUUUACUACCCGGAGAAGCCAGAGUCCCAUCAAUUGCAUUAGACCAAGUGUUCUUGGACCACUGAAAAGAAAAUGUGAAAUGGAAACUGAGUAUCAGCCAAAGAGAUUUUUCCAGGGCAUCACCAACAUGCUUUCUUCUGACGUUGCCCAGCUGUCAGAUCCUGGUGUGUGUGUAUCGUCUGAUACCCUUGAUGGAAACAGCAGCAGCGCCGGAUCUUCUUGUAACUCACCAGCGAAAGUCAGCACUACCACCGACUCUCCUGUGUCGCCUGCCCAAGCGGCCUCUCCAUUUAUUCCAGUAGAUGAACUUUCAUCUAAGUGAUUCACCCACCCAUCCCGAGACUCGUUUUUUGUUUUGUUGUUUUUGUUUUGCAAUGGAGAGAAAAAUCAAGUUGGAGCAAGCACUGAACUUUGUCAAUUAAUUGAGGCUAUUUCCUAUUUGACCCUUUUCCUUUUUUUUUUGGAAUUUCCUGAAAUGUUGUUACUCUAGAGAACUUUUAUGUCAGGUUCCUGCGGAUGCCCUUGAAUUCAGUGUAGUAAUAUUUUCAGGCGUUUUCCAAUAAGUGUGUCGAAGCAUACGUCUUUAUGCUGCUAAUAUGUUUAAAUACAUAUGUUAUCCCUUGAUUUUUUAAAAUAAUUGAGAGCUCUAUUUAUUUAUGGGAUUAUUAAGUUCUGAUGCAAAUAUAAAUGUUGAAUUAAUCAGCACAGUAAACUGAUGUUUUAAAAUUCCGUAUUUCAUGCCCACACUAGUUUUUAAUGUUAUUUUUCAGUGAUUGCUAAUUUCUAUUGAUGAAGAAUAACUUAGCUGUUUACAGCGAUUUUAAAAAAUAUGUUAGUUAUAACGUAUCAAUCCAGUGGUUGUCUAUUUUAUCCAGGAAUCCUUGGAUAUUUAAUUUUCUGGGUACACAAGUGGCUGGGAAGGGGGAAUGAUAAAAGAACAAAAUAUAAAAGUUUGCAACAAAUCUUUUUAAAUUAACUAUAUAAAAGUAAACACUUAAACGCAUUUUCUAGUGAAAUUUUAAUAGUAAUUCUAAUAAGUCAUGCAAAUAUAACUAUAGGAAAGUUUAAAAAAAAUUUUUUUUAAACCAGAAAGUGCAUUCUCUUGGGUAUAAUCCUGAAGGGAAAUGGGACAGUGCCUUGCAGUCUUAGCCCACUGUACAUAGGCUGAGACCAGGUUCUUUGUACCACUGCAAACUUAAAAGUUUUUCAAAUGUAGAAAAUGUGGGAAGCCCUGUUGAACUUCACCAGAGCACCCAGGCAGAUAAAAGUCUCUCAAUCCUUGAUAUGCUUUAAAAUAUCCAAUUGUGCCUCAGUGAAAAUCCUUGCCAACAAGUAGCCAAAGCAGCUUUUGGCUGCUUUUCUGCUCUGCCCAUCUGUCACCUUCCUGGUUUUCCCUGGCUCAGGAAGGAAGCAGCUGUUUCCUUGCCAACAGGUCCUUCCUCUCCACCUCCCACCAAACUAGGGCACCAUCGGUUAGACAGAGGUACAGUGUGACUUGGAUUUCUGACAGUGAGCAACAACAGAACUGUGGAAUUGUUGCAGGAACCUGUGUAGUUAGAGCUACAGCUGGAGUUGACUGCCUUGGGGAUGCCAGUUGAUUAAGGGUCAGUGACUUGCAAGAGAAAAAUCAGUGGAGAGUCACAUGGGUAAACCAUUAUUUAAUUUAGGUUCUGUUAAAGGUAGAAUUGUGAACUGUUCUUUCCUUUGCCUUUUACAAACUAAGACAAAAUAUGGAAAUAUUUAAUAACAAAUGUUUUUAUAUUAUACUUCCUAUAUCUUCCUUUACUAGAUAGAUAGAAAGAAUGGCUGACAAAAAGGGAAGGGGAAGAAAUAAAAGAGAGACCAAGACAAAAAGCUCCGGCUUUCUAAAUUACUGCUUACAGAGACUUCAACGAUAAUGUGGAAUUUUUACAACUAUGAGAAUAAAUGGAACUGGUCAACUUUUGAAAGUUGCCUUAAGAAUUCAAUGAAAUUAUGUCAAGGGUAAUUAUGUGUCCGUCCGUAGGCUGGAAAUUCUCUGUUUUGGGUAAUAGUUCACGUGCUCCAGUCCUGACAUUGUUCCUCCAAUCCAAACCUGUAUAGCCAACUUCCUGUUGGGUACCUUGACCUGCUUCCAGAGGUGCUUUAACCUCAGCAUCUCCAAAACAAAAUUUAGUUAUCUUCUCAUUGAACCCGUUCUUGAAUUACCUAAAUUGAUGUCCUCACUAUCUGAUUUUCUAAACUAGAAACCAUGGGAAGCAUUUUUGACUUUCCCUUUUCCCUGUCACAUCCACGCCAAGUCCUGUCUCCUAAAGUGAAUCUCAGACCUCUCCCCUUCUCUGUUUCUGUUGCCUCUGAUUAAACUUAGGUUCCAGCCUAAGUGAUCUCGCCCGUUUUCCCAUCUCCCUUCUGGCCCAGUCUUCACCCUGCCUCUAAAGUGAUCUUUCUGAAAUAGACACUUGAUUAUUUUUUCCACCCUCCUGUGUGAAAACUUUGUGCUUUCCCAUUUCCCACGGAGUAGGGAAUGCUUUCCGUAAACUGGCACAUAAUAAGGUCCUUCAUGUACUGGGCAUACUGUAAAACAGCUUUACAACUCUGCUCAUCCUAUCCCAGCACACAUCUUCCUUCUUAUUCUGCAAACACCAGACUCCUUGAUAUUCUUUAAAUAUGCCAUGUACUUUCAUGUGUUUGUGCCUUUGGAUGGAUUGUUCCUUCCCCCCAAAAUGCCAUUCCUGUUCUUUUCAGCCAGGCAAAUGCUUUUGUUUCUUUUUUAUUGCAUGUUAAUUUAACUAUGAAAGAAUGUAUACCUGCUGAUUAUAAAAGUAUUUAAACAAUGCAGAUAUCUAUAUAGUAAAAAAACGAAGGUCUGCCUUUUACUAUGUAAAAUUCAUCUUCCCUUCCCAUUGGUAAUUUCUGUUAAUUCAGUAUAUAUUGUACAAGAUGUUUUACUCGUUUCCAUGUAUAUAUGUAUAUAAAUUCAGGAAACCAACAUGUCCUUGACAUCUCUCUUCCUUUUCUUUCCGCCAUAUCUUCCCCAAGUCUUAGUGAUUGUCUCUUCCAGAAUCUACCACCUUGUUUUCAUCCCUACCGCCACCCAUUCCCUAGGCUACCAUUCCUUUCCCUCUCAGACUCCCACUGGUCCCUCACACGCUCUGGUAGGCUGUCCAUUCAUUCUCAAUAUAGCAAUUAAAGUGAUGCUUCUAAAAUUGCAUUUCUGAUCCUUCCAUCGUCCAGCUUAAGGCUUCUCAUUUGCUUCCUGUUAUGUUUAUGGUUUACCAAAAUGUAUUAACUCUGGCCCAGGAGGCUCUGGGGGAUCUGACCCUUGCCCCUCCCUCCCCUUGUUUUCUGUACCUCACCCUCACUGGCUUGCUUUCUUCUCGUUAAAUACAUCAUCUUCUCUCCCAUUUUAGGUCCUUUUUUCUGAAUGCAUAAGGGAAAUCCUUCUUUCCGUGAGCUUAUUUUUCUAUAUAGGUGGUAAAUUUUAAAUCAGAUGAGGCUCUAAGAGUUUAUGUAGACCAUUUACAUUAUCAUAUUAUUGUUCAUAACUUUAGGCGUUACUUUGUAAGGGCUUAACUCAUGAGAACUACCCUUCAGAAAACAUUUGUAAGGUAUUAGUAUUGCUAAGCUAUAAGCUUUGUGCUGGAAGUCCCAAGCACAUCAACAUUUAGUUAAAGUACAGUCUGUCACAUAUAACAAACCUCUGUGGUCUGUUUUCCUUUAUUGUGUUCCUUAAAAACACUAUGAAAAUGGAAAAAAAAAAUGUUGAUUACCAAAUCUGUGGCUGCUGGAUGUCAGAACCUUUAAACAUACUUAAAAGAUUGAUUGUAGUCAAGAAUAACCUGUAUCGGGAUGCCUUCCAGUGAUUCAGAUUUAUGUUAGUUCAACUGGUUACACACCUACAGCAAGAGACCACUCUUCAAUACUUGGCAGUAAGAUGGGGAAAGUGCCAAGGUUUAUGAGGGGAACAAGACUAAGAUUUUUUUUUUUUUAUGGCCGUGUAUAUAGAGCAGGAGAAAAAGUUUGAAGAUCCAAGAGAGAGGUGGGAAUAAUUUCCAGAACAACAAACCAAGGAAUCUGAUGUAACCUGCAUUUCCUGGGUAGCAUCAGCAAAUAGAAGAAAGAGUCAGCCUGAGAAAGGAGGUCUGGAGGCAUUUUUUUUCCUUUGAAAGCAGAAAGGAGAGGGGGAAAGGCUGCAACAGAGAUACCAGUACAUGUUGAAUUGAUUUCCUGUUGCAGGAGUAUAUGGGUGUUGAGGAAGGUGUAUGAAAAGUGGAAAGGAUUUGUAUCUGAUUGCGUCUAUUUUCUAAUUACGAAGUAGUCUAGGAUAUUUGAGGGUGGGCGGGAGUAGAUUUAGAAGCUUGAGCAAAAGAAAGAUUUAAUGUUACCUUAGGAAAAUCUGUAAAGCAGUGACUCCGGGUCAAGAGGAAGUUUUACUAGGCCACAUUGGAUGCCUGGUUGCAGUUGGAUGGCAGGCGCAAAAAAAGUAGAUUGGAUUGACCUAGGUUUAAGAACUGAUUAAGUAGAUCUGGGUUGAGUCCAUUGUAUAAAGCAAUUAAAGAUUCUGCUAAAAGUGUGGCUGACUUAAUGGCCAAGGCCUUGAGGAUGGUUAAGACAAGUCAGCAGUGAGUAAUGGACGAGGUCCCUUUUCUCAAGGCCUUCCGAUCGGCCAUGACAAAGUAUACAGAGUAUUGGAUCUCAUGCAGAACUCCCGCUUCAGUUUUGCCCAUAUUUUUCAUGGCUGAUUUCGUUUUGUUAGAGAAUCAAUCUUAAAUCAGCAAGCCGUGAGUUCCACUUAUAUGAUAAGAAAAAAAAAAUCAGAUUGCUCACUGUAGCCAACACAGUUCUUUAUACCUUCCUUAACUUGCCAUCCAAGUAAAAAAUUUUCUUAAAAGUUGAAAUGACCUUUCUGUAAAAAGAAAUCGCAUAUAAGUUACUUGCUAUGUGUCAGGCACUGUUCUAGGUACUCAACAAAUUUAUUUCAUUUAGUCUUUAUCACUGUCCUCUGAGAUAAAUGCCAUUUCUCUUGUUUUACAAAUGAGGAAGUCAAGCACAGAGAGGCUACAUAGCUUGCUGAAGUUUCUAAAGGUGGGGGGGGUGGGGAGUAGGCAGCGGAUCAUGGUGGUUAGGAACACAGGCUGUGGAAGGGAGUUGUGAAGAGGAUUACGAGGGUCAGUAUAUGUAAAGUCCAGCAGUGCUGGGCAGUUUCCGUGGAAGUGUCAGCUCUCCUCAUCACCAUGGCUGUUGUCAUGAUUGUCAUCUAGCAGGGACUGGUUAAGGGAGCUUCUCGUGAUCACCCAGGGCUGGCAAAAAUUGCUGCAUUCACACUCAGUGACAGCACGCUGACCACCCUUCAGGGCAGCCUGUCCUUUGAGGUCAGUGUUUUCCGUGUUGGAGAGUCUUUCUUGCAGCUGACAUGUCCCUUUGUAACUUUAACCAUUUAAUUCAAGGCUGUCUCUCUGGAAAAUGCAGAACAAGGCUUAUCUCUGUCUUUUAGGUGAUAGAUCUUCCUUCGCAGAUCAGAAACACUGAUCCUCUGUAAUUACCUUCUCGUGCUGCUAGAUUUGAGAAAUCUGGAGCAGUUUUCUCAGUGUGUUCCCCCCUGUGAAAUCAGGCUAUCCUCCUGUACAGCCAAGAUUUUCACAAGAUUGUGAUCCCUCCAAGAGUGCUUGCCUUCCCCAGCAGGAAAGCAAAAGAUGGCCGGAUAGCAUGAGCCAUCGCCAGUAACAGUAAUUAAUACUAAUUAGCACUAAUAUUUAUUGAGCACUAAAUUGAGCACCUAGACACUAUUUCCAGUGCUUUGUAUGAAUGAGUUCAUGUAAUUCUCAUGACAGCCCUGUGGGGCAGGUGCUGUGAUUAUUUCCAUUAAACAUGAGAAAACCAAGUACGUUUUCCUAAGUGUCUAUUACUUUUUUUUCCUUUUGAAUUUAGGUCUUUUUUUGUCUUUUUCUUAUGAACAGACUUUUUCCUUAUUUGAGAUAAAGUCUAUUUUCCAGCUUGCUCUUGCUGCCACUUAUAUGUUGAAUCAAAUGAUAUGUUUAUUUUAAAGGGUAGUUUUAGACAUUAGUUUCAUAUUAGAGGAAGCUCUCAGGAGAAUUUUCUUUAGUAAUAGGUAAAAUUAAAUUGGUAUAGAAAGAAAUUAUGGUGUACGUAUUUUCAAACUGAUUUGCUCUUUGAAAUAAAUCUGAAAACAAACAAAUCCUAGGCUCUUUCCCUUCAAAAAAACACAUAUAUAUGCCUUAUUUGAGUUAUAUAAUAUCCUUGGUUGUCCUUAGAUUGUCCAUUCCUAGGAAAACAAAAGCAAGACCAUUUUGACCCUCCCACCUUUCAC